CACUCCGGGUGUGGCGGUCCCAGCGCCGGGGGCGGCGCCAAGGCGGGCGGGGCGGCCGGCUCGCUGUGUGGCCUUGGCCGUGAAGCCGCAGCCGCCGGGCUAGGCCCGGGGCGGCUCCAGGCCUGGGCGGCCCGCAGAGGGCUGAGCCCGUCCCCGGCUCCGGUUCUCGGGGCGGCGGGUCACCACUCACCAUGCCCGGCAAGCACCAGCAUUUCCAGGACCCUGAAGUCGGCUGCUGCGGGAAAUACUUCUUGUUUGGCUUCAACAUUGUCUUCUGGACUAGGAGCUUGUGAACCAGGAGGGCAUGGAGUGACAAAAGCCAAGAUCUCUGGAACUGCAGACAGGAGCUCUGGUUGAGAGCAGGGAGCUGUCCCUCGGGAACAGAAUUCAGCAUUCCAUUGCUGCGGGAACAGAGGCUUCCCUCCCGGGUGGCAUCUGUAUCCGGUCCCUGCCAAGUCAUCUUUCUUUUCUUCCUCCCCCUCCUAUUGCCAAAGCGGGCUCUGCAUGCGCUCCUUCUCGCCAGGCCUUUCCAACUUGUUUCCAGCAGGAUUCAAGGACUCUUCUCCACCCGCGUGCUGCCGGUUUUGCCCUGUGGUGCUGGGAGCCCUGUUCCUGGCCAUCGGCCUCUGGGCCUGGGGCGAGAAGGGCGUUCUCUCCAACAUCUCAGCGCUGACAGAUCUAGGCGGCCUUGACCCCGUGUGGCUGUUUGUGGUGGUUGGGGGUGUCAUGUCGGUGCUGGGCUUCGCUGGCUGUAUUGGGGCCCUCCGGGAAAACACCUUCCUGCUUCAGUUCUUCUCUCUGUUCCUCGGCCUCAUCUUCUUCCUGGAGCUGGCGACAGGGAUCCUGGCCUUUGUCUUCAAGGACUGGAUUCGAGACCAACUCAAUCUCUUCAUCAACAGCAAUGUUAAAGCCUACCGGGACGAUAUUGACCUUCAGAACCUUAUCGACUUUGCUCAGGAAUAUUGGUCUUGCUGUGGUGCCCGAGGGCCCAAUGACUGGAACCUCAAUGUCUACUUCAACUGCACUGACUCGAACCCAAGCCGUGAGCGCUGUGGGGUGCCCUUCUCCUGCUGUGUUAGGGACCCUGCGGAAGAUGUCCUCAAUACCCAGUGUGGCUAUGACAUCCGACUCAAACUGGAGCUUGAGCAACAGGGCUCCAUCUACACCAAAGGCUGUGUGGGCCAGUUCGAGAAGUGGCUGCAGGACAACUUGAUUGUGGUGGCCGGGGUCUUGGUGGGCAUUGCCCUCCUGCAGAUACUUGGCAUCUGCUUGGCCCAGAACCUCGUGAGUGACAUCAAGGCAGUGAAGGCCAACUGGAGCACCCAUGGUGAUGGCUACAAACUACUCAAUAAACAGCACUUGGAAAAACAGUGGCUUAUCCUCACCAUCUCCGAAGGGUCUGUUGGCAGCACAGCCUCAGAGCUCUCCAGGGAGGGCCCUGGCCUGAACCCAAUCGCCUAGCCAGGUCUCCUAGGUCCGGGUGACUUAUGCACCCGAGAUAGCCUUUUCAAUGGGUGUGUUGCCUUAAAGACUGCAUCCCCUGCUUCUCCCGAAGAAUGGCUGUGUGGCUACACCAGCUUCUCAGUGUCCGUGUCAUCUGCAUCAGGACAUGGAGACAGACACCUCACCCGAGAGUUGACCUUUCCAACCUGGUGAACACCUCAGGGCUUCUCUUUCAGCCUCAAGAAAGGCAUAAAGAUCUGAAGAAUGGGGUGCUGGAGAUCACCCCUAAGAGGGUGUAGCCUGGUGGACUGUAGAUGUGCUGGGCACCGAGGCGGGCGUCAGAAUGUCCAGGAGAGUGGCUGAGCUAUGGGAGCAAGGGCCAGUGGGAGUAUCUGUGAGGGUGACCCUCUCCAUGGCCUGCAGUGGUGCCUUGAGGCCACUAGAGGGCACCUCAACACCACAGUCUCUGCCGCUGGCUUUCCUUUACACCCUCGCCUCAGUACCUACCCGGGCUUGCAAACUAGAAGCAAACCAGCUCAGCCGUAGGCAGUAUAAGCCUAAAGGGAUAGCACGUGUGAAGCGACUCUUCUCUGCCUUUUCCCUGUGCUGGACGAAAGGAGGGAUGGGCUGGUCCAAAGGUCACAGCUCUGGUGCCCAAGUUAAACGAGUGGGAUAGAGUAGUGGGACCUGCUUUGCCUUGACCUUGAUCAGUGCUGGAGACCAGGCAGAAAAACAGUUUCUGUGAUGACGAACUAUCUGUGUGCAAGCCAGGUGAUGAUGGUGGUCUGCUCAAGAGUGCAGGGGGGGUACAGUGGGAACUGUGUCAGUGGGAACUGUGUCGAGACAGGCCCUCACCCACAGGAGCCAACUGCUGCUCUGUUGUAGCUACUGCUAUGGUGUGGGAAUGUGGGACUGACAGCGGAAAUCUCAGAGAAGCCGGACGUCUGUAGGCUCUUGUAAGACAGCCAGAUUUUAACUCAGACCUACAGGCAGCACCGAGAGCCCGGGGCCCAGCUUCAGCUCCUGUGUUAGCAUCACUCGUGACGACUGAGCCAUGUGGGGUGCUGGGAGCUGCAGCCAUCUAGGCUGACCAGGCGGUGUGCACCUGGUAGCUUUGACCCCUGGCAUAGGCUGCACAGAGCUCCUGGUGGCCCUGGCUGUGGUCGUAUGUACACUGCAAUAAAUACAGCUCCCAAAGCA